AUGUCGUCCAAGGUCAAGGCUGGUCAGCUCUGGGGCAAGAACAAGGAGGAGCUCUCCCAGCAGCUCGAGGAGUUGAAGACCGAGCUUAACCAGCUCCGUGUCCAGAAGAUCUCCAGCGGCGCAUCUACCAAGACUCAGCGAAUCUCCGAUGUUCGCAAGUCGAUCGCCCGUAUCCUCACCGUCAUCAACGCCAACCAGCGCGCCCAGCUCCGCUUGUUCUACAAGGGCAAGAAGUACCUUCCCCUCGACCUCCGCCCCAAGCUCACCCGUGAGUUACGCCGCCGUCUCAGCAAGUACGAGGCUACCCGCACCACUGAGCGCCAGCGCAAGCGUCAGAUCCACUUCCCCCAGCGCAAGUACGCUGUUAAGGUACGAUAA